AGCCGCCAGAGGCAGCAGCUCGUCGUCGCGCCCGCUCGAAUGACUUUAUUUGAGCGCGCGUGCCAGAGCGCCGCACCACCGCCGCCAGCAGAGCCCCGCGCUGCCCCCCGCAGCCGCCGAGCACUGCCCACCCGCACGCAAACGUGCAGCAGCAGCAGCAGCAGCAGCAGCAACUCGUCGUCGCCUCGGCACAGCCGCACGGACCAAGGGCAGCAGCAGGGCCGCGCGCCGAGCAUGGCCGAGCAGCGCCAGUGAGCACAGCCCAGUCGAGAGCUUCGCCGAGGCAGCGAGCAGCGUGCGCCGCGCGAGCAGCCGCCGAGCCGGAGUGGAGCGCCCGCUGGCGCAGCGCGCGAUGGCCGCGGGCGGCGCGCCGCGGGCGUGAGGGGGCGGCUCGCUCGCGGCCGUGCCAUGCCACCCGCCGAGGUGACCUAGCCGCCAGCAGGAGCAGCCUGGGCCGGGCCCCCGCCCGCGCGCCGCCGUCGGCGCCGGCCCGCGCAGCGCAGCGGCCGCGCCGAGCAGCUGAGCGAUGCGCCAGGAUGUGCAGGCGCAGCAGCCAGAGCGACAGCCAGCAGAGCGCGCAGAGCGAGCGACGAGGACGGCGAGGCAGCGCAGGGCCAGCUCGGCCAGUCUCGGGCCGGGGCUAGUGGCGGCCGGCCGAGGAGCAGCCGCGGCCUCACGGUGAAGAUCUGGCGCGGGCUCUGCCGCACGAGCGGAGGAGCAGGCGCAGGCGUCGCAGCAGGUGGAAGCGGGAGCGCGCAGCGACGGGCCAUGGCCUCCGGCGGCGCUGGUCAGCAGCAGCUCGCCGGCGGCGCGCAGCAGCCGCCCGCACAGCCGCCGCCGGUCGAGCCGCUGCAGUCGCCCUGCUGCGCUGUCGCGGCCGCUGGCGCGCCGCCCGCCCACGGCCACAACUUCGCCAAGAAGACCUUUCACAAGCUGAGCUACUGCCACAGCUGCACCGACAUGCUCUGGGGCCUCAUCCAGCCCGGAUUCAUCUGCGAGGUUUGCAACUACUGCGUGCACGAGCGCUGCAUCAAGAGCGUCGUGUCCCCCUGCUCCAGCAUCUCGGCGACCCUUAUCAAGAAUCCAGUGGCGCACUGCUGGUCCGAGCCGGUCCACCACAGGAAGAAGUUCUGCAAUGUCUGUCGCAAGCGCCUCGACGACAAUCCUUCCAUACACUGCGAAAUAUGCGAGUACUUCGUGCACGUGGACUGCCAGGACUUCGCGGUGGCGGACUGCAAGGAGAACGCGACCUACGCGCCGGGCAAGGACCUGGCGGCGGUGAGGCACCUCCACCAUUGGCGCGAGGGCAACCUGCCCAGCAGCUCCAAGUGCGCCGUUUGCAAGAAAACCUGCUACUCCGCCGAGUGCCUUGCCGGCUACCGCUGCGAGUGGUGCGGCAUCACGUCGCACGCGUUCUGCUACAAGGACAUCCCGGCGGAAUGCACCUUCGGCAUGCUCGAGCCGAUCUACCUGCCGCCGCACGCGGUCAGCAUCCCCAGGACCGAGGUGCCGAUGGAGGCCAUCAUCGGCGUGCAGGUGCGCCGAAAAGAAGUCCUGGCGCAAGAGUACAGCGACGAGCGAGAAUAUGAUUUAGCGGAGAGCGGCGUUGGCGGCAGCGGCGGCGGCAGGUUGACGGGCCGCCGGCUGGUCGCGGCUCUCAGGCGGCUCUUGCUCGUAUUGCCACGUAGCUGUCACGGCAAUUGUCACGCUUCCCCGCCUUACAUUCAAGCGCGCAGCAUCUCGGAGGAGUUCAGCAGCGGCGACACCCGCGGCCGGGACAACGACGAGUCGCCGGCGCAGUCGCAGUCGCAGGCGCACGGCCGCGACCCCAGGCCGGGCAAGGAUAAGGAGGACAAGGAGCGCGAGGAAGAGUCGGUGAAGGUGUACGACGGCAACAGCUCGCUGCGGCGGCGCAUCUUCCGGCUGAUCAGCGCGCCCAAGAGCGCCACGACGGAGCAGCUGCUGACGCUGGCGCUGCAGGCGUUCCACAUCACCAAGGACCCGAGCGACUACCUGCUCACGGACCUGUACGACAACGAGCGGCCGCUGAGCGACCCGCUGCCGCUGGCCGGCCUGAAGCGCCGGGAGGGCAAGCGGCCGGCCGUGUUCCUGCGCUUCCGCGACGUGGAGAGCAGCGAGGUGCGCGUCUACCCGGGCAAGGUGCAGGUGCAGCAGGCGCACGUGGCGGUGCCGGUGGCGGACGGCGCCACCGUGGCCGACCUCAUGCGGGAGGCGAUCGCGCGCUUCCGGCUCGAGUGCAGCUCGCUCGACAACUACCGCUGCAGCGAGAUCCUGCUGGACCGCGGCCUCGUCACGGAGCGCGUGCUGGCGCCGAGCGAGCGCCCGCUCGACCUGAUCAAGCAGCUCGGCCGGGAGUCCAUCCGCCAGAUGGAGCUGAUGCGCUUCUACCUGCAGCUCAAGCAGGACCCGCACGGGCCCAACAUCGCGCUGUUCGUGGGCAACCUGCCGCCCGGCCUGUCCGAGCGCCAGUACGAGAACCUGCUGAUGGAGUUCCUGGGCAGAGAGAACCGCUUCUCCGGCAUCGGGCCCAUCUACUACGAGUACGGCUCGAUGGUGAUCAGCUACGAGGACUCGGGCGCGGCGGUGCGCGCCUUCUACGCGCUGCGCGAGUCCAAGUACGAGGACAAGAACCUGCUGGUGAUGCUGCUGCCGAGCGUGGAGCCGCGCAUGGUGCCGGGCAACGUGCAGCCGCUGCUGGUCUUCGUGAACGUCAAGUCGGGCGGCUGCCAGGGCCUCGACCUCAUCUCCAACUUCCGCAAGCUGCUCAACCCCUACCAGGUGUUCGACCUGGACAACGGCGGCCCGCUGCCCGGCCUCUACGUCUUCCGGCACAUCCGCAACUACAAGAUCCUCGUGUGCGGCGGCGACGGCACGGUCGGCUGGGUGCUGCAGUGCCUGGACAACGUGGGCCAGGACAGCGAGUGCUCGUCGCCGGCCUGCGCCAUCGUGCCGCUCGGCACCGGCAACGACCUGGCGCGCGUGCUGCGCUGGGGCAGCGGCUACACGGGCGGCGAGGACCCGCUCAACCUGCUGCGCGACGUCAUCGACGCCGAGGAGAUCCGGCUGGACCGCUGGACCGUGGUCUUCCACCCCGAAGACAAGGAGGACAAGCCGCCGCCGGGGCCCGCGCCCGGGCCCAACAACGCCGUCGGCGCCGGCUCCACCAGCGAGGACAACACGCAGAUCUACGUGAUGAACAACUACUUCGGCAUCGGCCUCGACGCCGCGCUCUGCCUCGACUUCCACAACGCGCGCGAGGAAAACCCCAACAAGUUCAACAGCCGACUGCACAACAAGAGCGUCUACGUGAAGAUGGGCCUGCGCAAGAUGGUCGGGCGCAAGCCCUGCAAGGACCUCAACCGCGAGAUCCGCCUCGAGGUGGACGGCAAGGUGGUCGACCUGCCGGCCGUCGAGGGCAUCAUCAUCCUCAACAUCCUCAGCUGGGGCUCGGGCGCCAACCCGUGGGGGCCCGAGAAGGAGGACCAGUUCAACAAGCCCAACCACUGGGACGGCGUGCUCGAGGUGGUCGGCGUCACGGGCGUCAUACACCUCGGCCAGAUCCAGUCGGGCCUGCGCAACGGCGUGCGCAUCGCCCAGGGAGGCCACAUCAAGAUCCACUUGCACUCGGACAUGCCGGUCCAGGUGGACGGCGAGCCCUGGGUGCAGAGUCCCGGUGACGUCGUCGUGCUCAGGUCCGCGCUCAAGGCGACGAUGCUGAGGAAGCCGAAGAGCAAAUGACGAAGGAACACGGAGUCGAGCGGCGGCAUCGGCACGACGGCGCAGCAGCUCGCACUCCCGCAGCCGUCGACCUCCGGAGCCGCUGCCGGCGGUGGGAGCGGCAGCACCCCCAGCGACCCGGACUCGGCCGACGACCUCUAAACCGAGUGCUCGACUCCGUUGGCGGCUCGCCGCGGCGGCGGCGGGCCAGAAUCAAACCAGAGCAGACAAAGAUAGACCGCACCACUGCUGCUCGCUCAUCUUCUCUUGGUUUUCUCCCGCGCGCACGACCGCGCCGACUCGUACGUUUUUGGGGAUGCAAUCCUCACUUUGCCAAAGAGUACACACACACACACAUCGGCGCAUACUCGCACAGACACACUCAUGCCCACACGCACUCACACAGACACACACGUACGCACACCCACAAAUACAUAUAUUGUGCCGAGAAGCGGUCGUCUUUUAUUUUUUUAAAACCGACAAAUCAAACUAGAAUGCCAAUAGUAGAUACGCAGCCCUGUGGUAGCGAGAGAAGCUGCAGCUUGCUGACGUAACAGCGCGUUUUCUGCGAUUCGUUCCUUUGAUCGUUGAUCGCGCGGUGCAGCGCCGCGCGCAUUCCAGUCUGGCCGCCGCACUCGCCGACGAUCUUUGCAUUGACACUGUUCGCCUAUAGGCUACGCAUAUCGUACUUACAAGCGCACCGAUUAGCUUUCGGCGACGCCACCUGUGUUUCCGCGCUUUUCCUCGCGGCUCGCCGACGGGUGCUCUCGCGCAGGAGUGCGCACGUAUCCGCCGAGCUCCUGCGCGCAACCUCACGGCUCGCUCGGCACUCGGCUGGCGGACGGACGCGGCCACGCUCCGCGACUCGCGUCACUUUGCACUCGCAGGUAAACGACAAUUGCUCUCUCGAGUUUCCUCCUUCCGACGCUUCUUUUCCACCGAAUUCUCCGCCUCAACGAUCGUCGAAUCGCACGCGAUCGGCUACGAGGACGAAGCUAUCCUAACUUAAUGAUAUAUAUAUAUAUAUGUAUAUAUAUAUAUAUAUAUAUAGAGUUUAGCUGAUCGCGAGGGCGCGCGAGUCGCGCGUCGCGAUGUAAAAAUAAUGACAAAGAUUAAAGCGAGCGAAAGUGAAAGAUACGCCGGAUUGUUAUUGACUGCAUUGUUCUAUAUGAGAUAUUAUAUUUAUAGGCGGUGAAGCGGCGCGCGAGAAUUGGUUGGCUUUUCGACGCGAGCUAACGCAUAAAUAUACAUAUGCACAAGUGUGUGUAUAUAUAUAUGCGCAUACGCGUAUAGUAUAUAUAUUUUUUCGUUGGCUUAGGCGUGUACGUGAAGCACACUGCGGGGCAGCGGGCGCGCCCGCACGAUUGAUUGCCUGAGAACAAACAGAACGCCGUCGAGAAGUCGACAGCCGAAUUGGACGCGAAGAUAAUUGGAUCGCGCGAGGGCUCCGCGCCCCGUCCGUGUCUUCCGGCCGCGUCGGGGCAAAGCACGGCCAUCCCAUUGUCGGAGUGCAGGACGAAGGAGCGUCGCGUCGAUCGGGAGACCGAUCGCCUCGAAGAGUCGCGACUCGCGUCCCCUGCAGCGGUCGUUAAAGAAGGGAGGACAGAGAGAGAGAGAGCGAGAGAGAGGGAGAGAGAAAAAGGGAGCGAGCACCAAGAGAUUCGGAGUUGCGAGAGGGGGGCGGAGGCAGUGUCACUGUGCCAAACAUAGAUUUGUAAAUAAUACGAGAUAUACGCUGGAUCGUACGACGUUGAUGCAACAGAGCCGUCCGCUCUCCGAGGCGCUCCUUUCUUUCGCCCUCUCUCUCUUUCUCUCUCUCCCUCUCUGUCGAUUCGAACCCAGGACUCCUCGUUGACUGCGCGAAACGCGUCUGUCGACGAAACUCAGGCUCGCUCUGUCUCGAGCGGCGACUCGUCGGGACAUCUCCGUGCUGAUAGAGCACGCGAUGUACACCUGAACAACAACAAAUACCCUGCUGCUCAAAUUUUCACACGUAUGUACAAACGUCGAUAAGUAAGCAAAAAAUAUUUAACGAAAGAAUAAUAAAUAAAGGUAAAGCGGUGCGUUCGCGAGAGACUGUUACAGGAUGGAGCGCUCGAGUGCGCGCGCGAAAUGGACGCAAAGAUCACUCGAAGCUCCAAGGAGAGACGCAUACGGGCAGAACAAUGAGCACACGCAUACACACACGCACACGCAAUCGAAAGAAAAACGAGAUACGUAAAUGUGACGAAGGCCCGAACGGAAGUGCUUUCGGUCGAAUUUAAAGAGAAAUUAAAAGCAAAAACAAAACUAAAAAAAAAAAAAAAAAAAAAAAAAAAAAAAGACAAAAAGAUAACGCGUCGCAUAAUGGAGAGCGUGGCAUCAGAGUUAGCCAAAGCAAGAGCGAGGAAAACGAUAAGGGAGCUGCAGGGCGGGAGACCCUCGUGCCCGGAUUAUUGACUGGUCUCCCGUCGGAAUCGCAAAUUCGCCGGUGCACAGGGCUCAGCCGUUGGCGCGCCAUACAUCCGGCGUUUGACUCACUCGACGGCGCGCCAACGGCGUCACGGCGACUUCGCGAUCGCAUCUCAAACAAGCCGCGCUUCGUUUCGCGAGACGGUCAGGGGAUCGAGCGACGGCUAUAAGUGACGAGAUGUGGUGAUGAACGGCGAGACACAAAAAAAAUUUGUUAUUCUGACCAAGCUGUAAUACUGUAAUAAUAUUGCUGUUGCAUAAAAGGAUAGACGAAAUAAUAAGCUAUGAACAAUCUACGUAUAAUAAAUAAAUGUAUGUGCUA